AUGUCGACCCCGCGAGUUCUUAGGCAGAGCCUCCAAAGGCUCGCACAACAUGCCCGGUGCUACAGCAAGACCACCACCACCACCACCGCACCUCUCCGAACACAACAACCGCAGCGUCUGCCUACCGCGUGGUCGACGACGACACAGCUUUCUGCUUCCGCUUCCGCGCGCCGUUCGCUUUCCACCUCUUCCGCUCUCCAGCACGGCCACGUCGACCCUCCCAAGCCCGGCGAAGAACUCUACGUAACCUUCAUCGACAAAGACAACCAAACCCACCGCCUCGCCGUCUCCGAAGGCGACAACCUGCUCGACAUUGCCCAAGCGCACGACCUCGAAAUGGAAGGCGCCUGCGGUGGUUCCUGCGCGUGCUCGACCUGCCACGUCAUUGUGCAGGACCAGGACAUGUACGACCGGAUGCCGGAGCCCGACGACGACGAGAACGACAUGUUGGAUCUGGCGUUUGGACUCACCGAGACGAGCCGGCUGGGGUGCCAGGUGCACAUGACCAAGGAGUUGGAUGGGUUGGUGGUCAAGUUGCCGAGCAUGACGAGGAAUUUGCAGGCUAGUGAUUUCAAGUCCUAG